AUGUUUAAAUUUAUUCUUAUCUUUCUAAUUAUUCAACAAGUAUAUUCAACUGAUGAACAAACUCAUUCACUUUCUAAACAUCCGUUAUUCAUAAAAAUAUUUCGAUUACUUGAUCAAUUAUUAUUACAAGUUCAUGAAAUGCAAAUAUUAAUUAUUCGUACAUAUGAUAUGAUCAAUGAACUACCUUAUGAUCUACGUCCAUUUUAUUCUGAAUGUGUUAAUGAAACAAAUAAUGUAUCAAAAAUUCACUAUUCAACAAAUUUAAAUGAAGCUGCAAUAAUUCGUAUACCACAAAUAAAAAGUCAAUUGAAACAAGCAACAACAAUUGAACAACAACUUAAUAUAAUGAAUAUAACAGAUAGAAUCGUUGCUGAUAUUUCUUUAAAUACAAUCAAACCAAGUUUUUCAUUAAUUACUGAAAUUCUUGAUUGUUUUAAAAGUAAAUCUAAACUCACUAUGGUCUAA